UUGAUGUUGGUGCGCUGUUUGAUACCUCUCUUAAACAAACAGUUAUUGACGGAGUCAAUAUGUACAUUCUACAGUUGGAGCCGCCAUCUCUGUACUUCACGUUAGACCAAUAUCAGACGCCGACAUCACAAAACAAGGUCCUACAGAAUUACAUCAUACGUGUAGCCCAGGCUCUCAAUGUCUACUUCAGCCAAGUGCCAGAUUAUAACGACUACGAAAAUGACCUAGAUUUCAAGAAACGAAGGAAACGAUCAGACGGGCUCUCUGAUGAUAUGAUGAAAGAUUUGGAGUACGACGACUAUGCUGAUGAUUCGGUAGUACGGAAGGGCAGACGUCUUCUCCAGAACGACGGAGACACUCUGUAUGAUAGAAUAAGGGCACUGCUCACGACGACUGUGGAAAUCGAGAGGAAACUUGCGGAUGCAAUACGCCAGGAGCCUGGGAACUCCCCGUCCAUACUUCUAUCCAUUGAGACACUUUCGACACAGUUGCCGAACAUACAGUGGAGUCGAGCCACUGGUCUCACGUCGUCCAGUCAGAUCCUCGUCAAACAGUAUGGCUACUUCCAAAUCAUUGACGGCAUUAUCAUGCUGUCCGGAGCGUGGAAGUUCCUUCCGCUCAAGGUCCGAAGAUCGCUGGAUGGCCUGGGAGGACGCCGGGAAAUCGACUACACGUGGACCGAUUGUAUCGGCUUUAACAUUGACCUUUUGUCUCCAGAACUUCAUACCGUUUACAUUGAUAUGUACUUCACACAAAUCAGCCAAUCGGAGACUUAUGUCACAAGUUUUGUGAACAACAUGACGUCCUCCCUGGAACAUGCUACCACCCAGUCCUCAGUCAUGUCUGAUUCCACGAAAAUGGUGGCUUCAGAGAUACUUGGCAGCGUUUCAUCUAAAUUCUCUACGGUACAGGAAGUUCGUGACGUCAACGUUCUUAUUUCAAACGUCCAAGUGAACAUGACGUUUCUACAGCUCGGUCACAGGUACACGGGGCGGAAGUACAAGCGGCAGGUAUUGGACAAACUAUAUACCCCAGUGAGAGACCAGGAACCGCACUGGUAUACUGUCUAUCCCUACUACGACAGAGAAACAGUCACACUGGUGCUUCCGACGGCGAUCACAGCGCAGGAAUUGCAGCUUAAACCGCAAUUUUUCAUCUAUAGUACACUCGGACGACAAAUAGCAUCGGAGCUCCUAGAAUCGAUUUACGGUGGUAUGGAUAACAUACGAAUGACCUUGCCCUGGUGGGAUGACGUGUCCAUAACGUCUUUCGAUGACGUCAUGAAAUGUUUCUCCAGCGAUGUGACUGACAUAGGAUUCGUUACUGAGGAUGCCAUCACAAGUUUGAUUGCCAAGACCCAUUCAGCAUUUAAUAUAACGUUAAAGGAGCUAUCCCAGCAUUCCCUGUCUGACGUUUACCGUGUGCCGAUGCUAGACUACCACUCCCAACAGCUACAGUUGAUCUCGUUCGCCCAGAAUUUCUGCGAAAUCCAGAGUACAGGCUCCGGUCAAAUCUCGAGAAAAAU